UGAAGACUUCUUCAUGGUGGAAGAUGGUAGUUAUGAAUAACACCCUUGGGAACAAGUUUCUUUUGAAAAGUUAAUGAAAUCUUAUAGAAAAAAGUACAAACCACCAAAAAAAUGUAUCGUUUGAAUGGAUUCCCAUACGCACUUAAUGUCUGGAAUUAUCAACAUGCAUCUAUGAUAAUAACGAUAUUGUUGUCAAAGAAGGAAAAGGUACAUCGAGGAUGUGCAACUGGCAAGUUAUAGGUUUAAAAUCCAAAUUUGAGAUAUUUAUGGAAACCACUUUUACUGAGAUUGACUGUUCUAACAUUCAUCCAACUCCCAAGGAAAUAGCAUCACUUGAUUUACCAGAUCACAAUUAUGUACUUCCAACUCAAAUAGAUUCAACAAUUCCAGAUGGUGAGUAUGUGCAUCCGGAGGAGGUUCCUGGUUUUGAAGACUUCUCAAUAAAACCUCCAAAGAAUCUAUUAAGGAGAUUAUCACGAGAUUCUAUUACAGGAACUACCCCACCACCUCGAAAGCGAGUAAAGGUUGUACAUCCACAUAAGUACAAUUUGUCAAGACUCUCACAACCACAGAAGCAACCAGAUUAGUCAUUUCAAACUCUAGAGUCAUAUCCAAAAAAAUGAUAAUGUAACUGGCGUUGGUGUUUCUUCCACUACAUUCACUGGAAAAACAAAUUUGGGUAGUGCAGAAAUUGAAGAUUUGAAGACGUUCAUGAAGUCUUAUAUAAGUAAACAAUUCAUUCAAACAUUUAUAUGUUCAUUGUUAAUUUUUUAUAUGUUUAAUUUGAUUAUAGGUUGAGAAAAAAUUUGGAGCUCUUCAGGCCCUAAUAGAGAUAAAUCAUUCUGAA